ACUUCAACUGAGACAUGCACAGCAUCCCAGAAAAAUACAGAUGUUAGCACAGCACCACAACCAAACGAACCUCUAAGCUAUUACAAAAAAAUGAAAUCAAAAAAGACAUUCCUAUGCCACACGUGCAACCAAUAUUUCUCAAGCAAAACCGUCUUAAACACGCACAUUCGAAUACACCUCGACAUAAAGCCUUACUCCUGUGCAAUAUGCGACAAAAAAUUCAGGAGUGCGUCGUGUCUAACGAUCCAUAAGAGAGUACACACUGGUGAGAAACCGUAUAAAUGCGAAGUAUGCAAGAAACGGUUUACGAAGCGUGUUAACUUGAAGAGACAUUUGCGGACGCAUGUUGCUGCAGGGUUGAUCGACGGCCCAGCUAACAUGGGUGUCAAGCUCUUCGAAUGCGAAAUAUGCCACAAGCAACUCACCAACAAACGCAACUUAAUCGACCACAUCCGCAUACACACGGGAGAAAAGCCCUUCAAGUGCGAUAUAUGCUCAAAACAGUUCGCCGACAAACGUAACUUAACCUGCCAUUUAAGAAUCCACACCGGUGAAAAGCCUUAUUCGUGCCAUCUCUGUCAGCGCCAGUUCGUGCAAAAAGGACAGCUAAAUUCUCAUCUACUAAGUCACUCUGCAGAAAAGCCUUACCCAUGUGACCUUUGUGAUAGACAAUUUACAAGAAGAGAUCUUCUAGCAUAUCAUAAGAAAGCUCAUAAUGGGGAAAAACCUUACACCUGCGAAACGUGCCAAAAGAAAUUCGCGCGCAAAAUGCAUUUAAACAAACAUAUGAUCACGCAUUCAGAUAAAAAACCUUAUCCUUGCGAAAUUUGCCCUAGACAGUUUACGAAUAAACGUAACUUUAUUACUCAUAACAAGAUACACGCGGGUGAGGUGCCGUUUUGCUGUAUGACAUGUGUGAAGCCGUUUAAAGAUGAGAAGGCGUUGGCUAGACAUAAAAGAAUCGUGUGUGAGAGAGAUCCUAGUUUAGGACCUUUAAAACCUAGGAAAAGGAGUAAUAGAAAAGCGCCUGAGAAAAGAAACGAGAUUGAACCACCACAGGCUCUGAAUUUGACAGUUAGUGUUAAGGAAGAGCCAGAGUCUUAGAUUAAGAAUUAGGAUAGCUAAAAGAUCCUAACCCCCUUAUUGAUAAACGCGCUACAAGCCUCUAUUAGCUAAUAAUCGUAUGCCUUUCAUCUGUCAUUUUG